GUUCAUUUCAUUCUUGCCCUCAUUCCGCGCAUACUUCACAUCGUUGUUAUAUACGCAGAAUUGUCGAGCUCUCGCGCUCCGACAAGAAGAAGAAAAAAAGUGAUCAGCUGGAAAUAAAUCAGAGCGUGCGCUCGAUCCGAUUACUCUGCAUCAGACACAUUUAAAACACUUGAGGUCAGUGCACCUAAAUUUCCCCAGGCUCGGGCUCCGAGAUCCCAGCCGUCGCCAUGGAUCCCAGCAGCUGGAGUGGCAGUGAAAGUGCCGGGGAGGAUAUCGAGAGGAUGAGCGACUCGGCCGAUAAGCCCAUGGACAACGACGCAGAGGGUGUGUGGAGCCCUGACAUUGAGCAGAGCUUCCAGGAGGCCCUGGCCAUCUACCCACCCUGCGGCCGACGGAAAAUCAUCCUGUCCGAUGAGGGGAAAAUGUAUGGUCGUAAUGAAUUAAUUGCCAGAUACAUCAAACUCAGAACGGGAAAAACACGGACGAGAAAGCAGGUCUCCAGUCAUAUCCAGGUUCUUGCCCGGCGGAAAUCCAGAGAAUUUCACUCCAAGCUAAAGGACCAGAGCGUGAAGAAUGAUGCGAUCAGCAGGAUGGCAGCCAUGUCUUCAGCACAGAUCGUCUCGGCCACGGCCAUCCACAGCCGGCUGGGGCUCGCGGGACUCCCACGGGCCACCUUACCUGGGUCCACAGGGAUUUGGCAGGUGCCGACAGGACAGCCUGGUUCCUCACAAGAUAUAAAGCCGUUCUCACAGCAGAAUUACCCCAUCCAGACGGCCACAGCUAUUGCAGCUUACGAGUCCCCCACAGCCCUCACAGCUGCUGUCCCGGUGUGGCACGGGCGCUCUAUUGGCACCUCUAAACUGCGGCUGGUGGAGUUCUCCUCCUUCCUGGAGCAUCAGCGGGACCCAGAUUCAUACAACAAGCAUCUGUUUGUGCACAUCGGCCAGACGAGUUACUCGUACAACGACGCGCUUCUGGAGACAGUGGACAUACGUCAAAUCUACGACAAAUUCCCUGAGAAGAAGGGUGGGCUGAAGGAGCUGUUUGGGAAAGGACCUCAGAACGCCUUCUUCCUGGUCAAGUUCUGGGCCGACCUGAACUGCAACAUCCAGGAGGAUUCUGGGGCUUUCUACGGCGUGACCAGUCAGUACGAGAGCUCAGAGAACAUGACCAUUACCUGCUCCACAAAGGUCUGCUCCUUCGGGAAACAAGUGGUGGAGAAAGUUGAGACGGAGUAUGCUCGGUUUGAGAACGGACGUUUUGUGUACAAGAUCAGCCGGUCUCCCAUGUGUGAAUACAUGAUCAACUUCAUCCAUAAGCUCAAGCACCUGCCUGAGAAGUACAUGAUGAACAGCGUACUAGAAAACUUUACCAUCCUCCUGGUGGUGACGAACAGAGACACUCAGGAGACCCUGCUGUGCAUGGCCUGCGUGUUCGAGGUGUCAAACAGCGAGCACGGCGCUCAGCAUCACAUCUACAGACUGGUCAAAGACUGAGGCUCCCGACUCACACCAGUAACACUAACAGCAGU